UUUGUCAAUUUAUCCGUGGCCACCAACCACUAAAAUCGCACGGUACUAAAAACCGGACCUAUCCAUUCCCUCUCUCUCUCACUCUUAACCAUUAUUUAAGAAGAGUUUCAUGAAAUUCUCCAAAGAAAAGAAAACACAGAGCAAAUCAGUGGCCGAAAAUGGUGAGAAGAUGGAAUGGAAAUGGAAGAAAAGAAAUAAUCAUCACAACAAUGGUGAUUGUGUGCGGUGGUUGCAUCGUGGCGGAUGGGAGGUGCGAUUUCCCUGCAAUCUUCAAUUUUGGGGACUCGAAUUCAGAUAGUGGGGGGUUCUAUGCUGCAUUUCCAUGGCAGACAGGUCCUUAUGGCAUGACCUUCUUCAAGAGGCCAUCUGGUCGAGCUUCUGAUGGAAGACUCUUCAUCGAUUUUUAGAUUAAAUCACUUGGACUUCCAUUUCUAAGCCCAUACCUUCAAUCUCUGGGCUCCAAUUUCAGGCAUGGUGCUAAUUAUGCUACAUUGGCUUCAACCGUUCUUUUGCCCAACACUUCCCUUUUUGUUACAGGGAUCAGUCCUUUUUCCUUGGCAAUCCAACUCAAUCAAAUGAAGGAUUUCAAGGCUAGAGUUAUUGAGCUUCAAUCUCAUGGGAUGGACCAUAAAACCUUACCUCUUCCGGAUGUUUUCGGUAAGUCGCUGUACACAUUUGACAUUGGCCAGAAUGAUUUUACGUCGAAUUUAGCAGCGAUCGGAAUAUCAGGAGUUCAACAAUAUCUCCCCAAGGUGGCUUCUCAAAUUGUUGCAACCAUAAAGGAAUUGUAUGACGACAGGGCACGCACAUUCCUGGUGUCUAAUCUUGCCCCUAUUGGGUGCUUCCCAGCAUUUCUCACCGAACUUCCACACAAUGCCACUGAUUUGGAUGGGUCCGGAUGCAUGAUCUCCUACAAUAAUGCAGUUGCUGCCUACAAUUUUAUGCUUAAUCAGAGCCUUGAUAAUGUUCGAAAACUACUUCCGAAUGCUACAUUAAUUUAUGUAGAUACACAUGCUGUCAAGCUUGAGCUCUUCCAACAUCCAGCCGCUCAUGGGUUCAAACAUGGAACAAAGGCAUGCUGUGGAACUGGAGGAGGUGCACACAAUUUCAACCCACAAGUAUUUUGUGGGAAUAGCAAGGUAAUCAAUGGGAGCACUUUGACAGCUUCAGCAUGCCCUAAUCCACAAGACUAUGUAAGCUGGGAUGGGAUACACCUUACAGAAGCUGCUAAUAUGGCCUUGGUUCAUGCCAUCCUAGGUGGCUCUUAUUUUUACCCUUCUUUUCCUCUGGGGAAGCUAUGUCAUCUUCACACCAUUGGAUAAUGUGGGUGAUAUCAAUCUAAUCACUUUUCCUAUUUGAUGUUGAUAAGUUUUCUUGAUAAA